CGUGCUUUCUCACUUUUGCAAAAACACGAUCUUAAUGCAAUGUUCCAUCGUCUAAAAAUAUGCGAUCUUUGAGAUUGGGCGCAAAAAUUUCACGAAAUUAAUUGGUUUUCCCACUUUGCGUUAGUACGAAGUGAGUGAAGUGAUUUUGGCCAGAAAUCGUCAAUUAGCAAACGUAUUCAAAAUGCAAAAGAAAAUAAAUAAAUAAAAAUGUCUAACUUAAAAGAAAAUGGGAAUUUGAUAAAAAAAACAAUUCAAGAGGGAGAAGGUGCCGACUUAUUACUUGGGCCUAGUUCAUACAGUCGCCGGCGACAAUCUGAGCAGUCCGACAAUCCGGAUGAACAACAAUAUUUGAAUUUAGUUCAGAAGAUCUUAACUACUGGUGUUGAAAGAACUGAUCGUACAGGUGUUGGUACCUUAUCUAUAUUUGGUGCCCAAAUGCGGUUCAAUUUGCGAGCAUCAUUCCCGUUAUUAACAACAAAGAAAGUGUUCUGGCGUGCGGUGUGUGAAGAACUACUUUGGUUUAUAAGUGGCAGCACUGAUGCGAAAGUCCUACAAAACAAAAACAUUCACAUCUGGAAUGGUAACGCUAGUCGUGAAUUUUUGGAUAGAUGCGGGUUCAGCGACCGUGAAGAAGGUGACUUGGGGCCAAUUUACGGUUUUCAAUGGCGCCAUUUUGGGGCACAAUAUCGCACUUGUCGCGAUAGCUAUGGUACGGAGGGUGUCGAUCAAUUGAAACAGAUAAUUAGGACAAUAACUACAAAUCCCACAGAUCGACGUAUGAUUUUGUCCUCUUGGAAUCCAGUAGAUAUACCAAAAAUGGCCUUACCGCCCUGCCAUUGCUUGGCCCAAUUCUAUGUAUCCAAUAAUGAGUUGUCAUGUCAACUUUAUCAGCGCAGUGCCGAUAUGGGGCUGGGUGUCCCAUUUAAUAUAGCAUCGUAUGCAUUAUUAACGUGUAUGAUUGCCCAUUUAACCGGCCUUAAACCAGGCGAGUUUAUACACACUACCGGUGAUACGCACAUUUACAAAACGCAUAUCCAACCAUUAAAGGAGCAAUUAACACGCAAACCGCAUGCAUUUCCCAAAUUGAUAAUAAAACGUGCCGUGGAAAAUAUUGAGGAUUUCAGGUACUCUGAUUUCGAAAUUGUGGACUAUAAUCCCUAUCCAAAAAUUCAAAUGGAAAUAGCUGUGUAGACAAAAGGAACAUCGCUGUUUACAUCUAUCUCUAAGCUUAUUUAAUUUGAGAAAUUAUCCUUAAUAUUUAAGAUUUUCUGUGUAUAUUCUCCUAUACCACGCUAUAUAUACCUACAUAUACGUCACUAAACGCGCAAUCUCCACUAACAAUAAAAAAUGCCAUAUAUGCAGAUACGCAAAGAA